AUGGCCGCUGUCAACGGGAUGUAUGUCCCUAAUAAUGUUGCAGGCGCCGAUCAGAGAAGAUCCACUGGUCAAAUGCAGAUGCCAAAUGUUAUCAUUCGUGAGAUCAACAAUUCACAUGCUGAUUUUAUUCUGGAGAACUGUGAAUUAAGCUUUGCGAAUGCGCUGCGUCGUACGAUCAUUGCAGAUGUUCCUACUGUGGCCAUCGAUAUGGUGGAGAUUACUGUGAAUACCACUGUCUUGGCAGACGAAUUUCUGGCGCAUCGGUUGGGUAUGAUCCCACUUCUCAGUAUGGAUGCAGCCAAGGUGCUUGUGGACCAAAGAGACUGUUCUUGUGAAGAUGGCUGUGAUCGAUGCUCUGUAGAGCUGACCUUGGAUGCCAUGUGUACAUCGGACCGUGGUGCCAUGUUUGUGACAUCAAAAGACCUUGUUCGCAGUAAUACGAUUGCUAAUAUGUACUCUGAUGAAGCGGCAUUUGGUCCUGUUGCACCGAGACAUCCUGAUUUUGGAAAGCCUGUCGGACAUGACGACCCCAAUGCCCCUGGUAUUAUGAUCGUGCAACUACGAAAAGGCCAGCAAAUUAAGGCGCGAUGCAUUGCGCGCAAGGGUUUUGCCAAAGAGCAUGCUAAAUGGUCUCCUGUAUCGGCUGUGGGCUUUGAGUAUGACCCACACAAUGCACUCCGUCACACUACAUAUUGGUACGAACUGGAUGCCAAGAAAGAAUGGCCUGAGAGCAAAAAUGCACGCGAAGAGGAGCCGCCAGCAGAGGGUGCUCCUUUCAAUCCCAAUCUACGGGCUAGCCGGUUCUAUUUCGAUGUCGAGUCCGUGGGCAGUUUGCACCCUGCAGAGAUAGUGGAAACGGGUCUUUCUUUGCUUGAAUACAAAACAGCGCAGAUUGUACAAGAGCUGGGUAUGUUGUUCCAACCUGCCGAUGCUGCAGCGGCUGGUGGAAUGUACGACACGUAUGGCGCGCCAGAGGCCGCGGCUCCCUAUGCGUAG